UGAUGCCACCUCUAGUAUUCCCUUUCAGUAGCAGUGGUUGCUUUUAGGACUCAUUUAGGAAUGGCACCUACAGGGCAUAUCGAAGAAACAGUGAAAAACUUUAGGAAGGGCAUUCGUGCCGUCCUUAUGGGCCCGCCAGGAGCUGGCAAGGGUACUCAGGCACCCAAACUGGCUGAACAUUAUUGUGUGUGCCACCUUGCCACUGGUGACAUGCUGAGAGCAGUUGUAGCUUCUGGGUCUGAGCUGGGAAAAAGGUUGAAGGCUACUAUGGAUGCUGGGAAGCUAGUAAGUGAUGAGAUGGUGGUUGAGCUGAUUGAAAACAACUUGGAUUCACCUCCCUGCAAGAACGGAUUCCUUCUGGAUGGCUUUCCACGUACUGUGAAACAGGCAGAGAUGUUGGAUGACUUGCUUGAGAAAAGAAAGGAGAAGCUGGAUUCCGUAAUAGAAUUCCGAGUGGAUGACUCACUACUUAUAAGGAGGAUAUGUGGCAGAUUGAUCCAUCCAGCAAGUGGUCGCUCCUACCAUGAAGAAUUCAACCCGCCAAAGCAACCUAUGGAAGACGAUAUCACUGGAGAGCCCUUGAUUCGUCGCUCAGAUGACAAUGAAGACACGUUAAAAUCCCGUCUGCAUGCUUACCACACCCAGACUACUCCUCUGAUUGAAUAUUACCAUAAACAAGGGCUGCACGUUUCCAUAGAUGCCGCACAACCUCCCAACGUUGUUUAUGCUAGCAUUUUGGCUGCAUUUUCGAGAGCCACAUAGACGUGACCAGAUGCUGCCAUCAAGACCCUUUCCAACACCCCCUUCUUGUUUUGAACAGCAGUGUGUCGUAACCUCUACCCACAAUUUGGGGGGAUAAUGGGCAUGACUAUGUCGAUUCUGAGAUCGGAGGCUACCAGUCUGGCUUCCCUUAUGAAAAUGUUAGAAUAAACCAGCCUGCACAGAGAAAAUAGUUCUGAAAUGUUAUUUUUUGGUUUGUGUGCCUUUCCCAGCCCCCUCAUUUAUAGGUGGCACCAAAUAAAAACUGUUUCAAGUAGCUGUAACUAUUCUCUAAUUCCAGUAUUUUCAUUUUGGCUGUACCAUUAAUUGAAAAAAUCUACCAGUCGUAUCACUGUUAGUUAUUACCUGCCUGUAGAACCUAAUGGAAGUUCUUUCUGAUUAGAAAAUUUGGCUGCUGAAAAUGACAGGGGAGAAACAGAACGUCAAAAGCCAGCUAGUACUGCAUUUGAUCACUGAAAGCAAGAUUUAAUUACCAAAGAUAAUGCAGAAUUCUGAAUCAUGUUUUGGUGUUCUGCAAUUUGCUGCUUUUAUUUAAAAGGUAAUUGUUGAAAGGGCUUACAGUUUUAAGACUCAAUCACCAUCAUUUUUAAAAUCUGCCUGGUCAUAGUUCAUGGUUUGCUGUGUUUUGUUAUGGGAUCGGGUAUAUGCAAUAUAUACAAGUUUGUAAAUCAGUAUUUUGUUAUACUCUUAGAAAAUUGGAAAAAUAAAAUUUUAUUUUAAACUU